AUGGACCAAGCCACACCCCCACCGGAGCACAAAACCCUCCUUUUCACCGAGCUGAAAACACAGUGGCUCAUCACAACUCCCUUAAUCUGCAUGAACCUCACCUGGUUCGCCAAGAUCGCCAUCACCACCGCCUUCCUCGGCCGCCUCGGCGAGCUGCCCCUCGCCGGUGGCACCCUCGGCUUCACCUUCGCCAACGUCACCGGAUUUUCCAUUCUCAACGGGCUUUGUGGGGCCAUGGAGCCCAUCUGCGGCCAGGCCUUCGGCGCAAAGAACUUCAAACUCCUCCACAAGACCCUCGUCAUGUCAAUUUCUCUUCUGUUGAUGUCCUCAAUCCCCAUCUCUAUACUAUGGAUCAACGUCGACAGAAUCCUUAUUCAGUUCGGCCAGCAACACGAAAUCGCGUCACUCGCCGGAGAUUAUCUUCUCUACAUGCUCCCCGACUUGAUCGCGAUCUCGUUUUUGUGUCCCCUGAAAACCUACCUGAGCACGCAGAACGUGACGGUCCCGAUCAUGAUUGCCUCGGCUCUGGCUACCGUCCUUCACGUGCCGGCUAAUAUUUUCCUUUCCCGAGCAAUGGGCCUCCGCGGGGUCUCGGUUGCUGUAUGGGCAACUGAUUUUGUGGUCGUGGCCUUCCUCGGCGCAUACGUUUUGGCUUCCGAAAUGAAAAAAGGCGGGAAAUGGGACGAGGGGGGAUGGUGGGACCAUAAGACUGGCGACUGGUCGAGGUUGUUCGGGCUUUGCGGGCCGUGCUGCCUCACGACGUGCCUCGAGUGGUGGUGCUACGAGAUCAUGGUUUUGAUAACCGGCCGCCUCCCGAGCCCGGCCCAGUCGUUGGGUACCUUGGCCAUCGUCCUCAACUUCGACUACCUCGUCUUCUCGUUCAUGUUGUCCGCCGCCACGUGUGCGUCGGUCCGCGUGGCGAACGAGGUCGGAGGGGGGCGGGCGGGCCGGGCCCGCCUCUCGGCCCGAGUCUGUCUUGCUGUCGGGGCGGCGGCGGGGGUCGCCGGAGGGGCAGCAACGGCGACGGCGGGUGGGUGGUGGGGACCGCUGUACAGCCGGGACGGAGGGGUGGUGGGGAAGGUGAGGAGGGUGAUGCCGGUGAUGGCGGCGGUGGAGGUGGUCAACUUCCCGUUGGCGGUGUGCGGUGGGAUUUUGAGGGGGACGGCGAAGCCGUGGCUAGGGACUUACGCGAAUAUAUUCGGGUUUUAUGUGGUGGCGCUGCCGGUUGGGGUGGUGCUGGGGUUUAGGGUGGGGAUGGGGUUGGAGGGUUUGUUGUUGGGGUUUGUGGGAGGGGUUACGGCGUGUUUUGCGGUGCUGUUGGUGUUCGUUGCUAGGAUUGAUUGGGACGAUGAGGUGGAUAAGGCGAGAAGACGAGUGGAGAUUAGUGAUCGGGAUAGUGAAGAAGGGGAAGACGAGAUCAGGAACGGGAAACAGUCGGGCGAGGUUAUGACGUGA